CUAACCAUGGCUUCCAAGCUCUCAUGUCAACUUCGAAAUCUGACUAGGACUGCGAUUCACCGAUUUCUCUUGCACCGGUUUCCUAACUCCUCAGCUGCAUCGCGUUCUCUCCUCAGUAUUAGGUGCUUCUCCAAUGGUUCUUCUCAAACAAUGUCCCCCAUCGAGCCCUCUGCUUCUUCUUCCCCGGAAUUGCCACAGCCUCGGACCAGUCCAAAAGUUGAAUCGAGUGCGGCUUCGGCCUCGACCUCUUCAUCUUUGAAGGAGAUUGAGCUCGCUAAAUUUGCCGCUAUUGCUGAAACAUGGUGGGAUUCUGAUGGUCCAUUUAAACCGUUGCAUGUUAUGAAUCCUACAAGACUUGCUUUCAUCCGUUCAACGUUGUGUCGGCAUUUUAAGAAGGACCCCUGUAGUGCUCGGCCUCUUGAAGGACUUAAAAUUGUAGAUGUAGGCUGUGGUGGUGGAAUUCUUUCGGAGCCAUUGGCUCGGAUGGGAGCUACAGUGACAGGAGUUGAUGCUGUAGAGAAGAAUAUCAAGAUUGCUCGCCUUCAUGCUGAUUUGGAUCCAGUGACUUCAAACAUUGAGUAUUGUUGCACAACAGCUGAGAAGCUCGUUGAAGAAGGCAGAAAAUUUGAUGCCGUGAUGGCCUUGGAGGUGAUUGAACACGUAGCAGAUCCAGCAGAGUUCUGCAAAUCUCUGGCAGCACUUACUGUACCAGAUGGAGCUACUGUGAUAUCAACAAUCAACCGGUCAAUGAGGGCAUAUGCUACAGCCAUUGUUGCUGCAGAAUACAUUCUAGGCUGGCUUCCCAAAGGAACACAUCAAUGGUCCAGUUUUCUUACUCCUGAAGAACUAGUCCUUAUUCUACAACGCUCCAAUAUCAGUGUGAAAGAGAUGGCAGGAUUUGUCUAUAGCCCUCUGACUGGACGGUGGUCUUUAUCGGAUGAUAUUAGUGUGAACUUUAUUGCAUUUGGUACCUUAAGCCCUGCAUAGAAUAUUAUACGUACAUGGAUUUAAUUGUUCUAAUUAUUUUUCCUCAAUGCCAAUAAAAAAAAUCUUUUGCUUAUUUUCCAUAUUUA